AUGAAUGAAAGUCUUUAUAAAAAUAUUAAAAGAAUUGUAGAUUAUACUUUACAAAAUAAAGUAUCAUAUCGUGAAAAAUUUUAUGAAAUUGAAAAAAAAAGUUAUGACUUUUCAAGAGAGUAUGAACCAAAAAUUCAUGAAAUUCUUUUGAUGCAACUUAUAGGAAUGGUAAUAUCUUUUAUAACAAUAAUUCAAGCUCUAAGAACUUUGGUAUAUUAUAGAUAUGAAAAAUAA